UGAGUGAUUAUGUGUUUCGCAAAGUGUUUGAUUAAAUUAUGUGGUCACAAUUGUAUGUACUUGGUUGGAGAUGGUGUGGUGUGGCCUUGAAGUGUGUGUAGUAGGGUGGAGGGUUGGUUGGUUUCGGUGAUAGCAGCGGAUGGUCCGUGGGUUGGUUGGGUUGGGGUAUUAUCGUAGGGUCUGGGGUAGAGAGAUGGGGGGCGGCCGUCAACUCGGUCGUGAGGUUGUGUUUGGGGUAGAGGAUGCAGCUGGCUGGGAUAUCUUGAUUGCGUCCGUCGAGAAGUGUUUAACGCAGGUAUGGGAGAUGGUCGUGUCGGGGUGGUCGUGGAUAGGGCAUGGUGGAGUGGUGUUUAGCAAGUCAUGAAUUAGGCGCUGAAGGUGGCAGCGCGUUUCUGAUAGGGCCGUGUCAG